AUGAAACAUGGGUUGAAAGUUCAAAUUUCGGAUUAUGACUCGUACCAAGAAACACUGCUGAGCCUUGAUCAACUAAGCUCACAAGUUAGCAGAGUUCCGAUAAUUCGAGUCUAUGGUUCAAUAUCAAUUCCCAUAGAGUCAAAUUCAGAUACUCAUGCUACAUCACUGCUGCUGGUAGAUCAAACCAGCACUCAUUCUCAUAACAUUUUGUUACAUGUACAUAACUAUUAUCCGUAUUUAUAUGUAGAUUGUAUUGAAGAGAAACCCGAUGUGAUCAAGUUGAUCCAACAAUUGGAGUCUUGCCUUCGGAAUAAUGUGGGGAAAAGAAAGCGUAGAAAAAAAGUUGAUGAUGAUGACGAUCAUUUUGAGAGUGAGAGUGAAGAUGGAGAUGGAGAUGGAGAUGAUGACGACACAUGUGGAAGAAGAAAAUAUAUUGCCAAUGUAUCGAUUUGUAAAGGUACUCCAAUCUAUGGAUUCCAUGUAGGAUACAAGCCAGUAUACAAGAUCUCCUUACUCUCUCCACUGUACAAGACUACCUUAUUCCGCUUGAUAGACGAGGGUAUAAUACCAUUUGGGCCUCGGAAACAAAAGAGAAACGUUUAUGAGUCUCAUAUCCCAUAUCUUUUACAAUUUUUGGUUGAUUUCAAUCUAUUUGGAUGUAGUUGGAUGAACAUCUCGAAUUGUUAUUGGAGAACUCCCAUAUUGAACAAAACAUAUAAACUGAUGGAUUUGGAUCCAUUACGUGAAUAUUUGAGUACUAGAGUUCAUAAAAAGAACGUUUUAUCUACUUUGAAAUAUCCUAGAAUUGGUAACUCAAUUUUAGAAGCAGAUAUUAUCACGGAUUCUAUUUUAAACAGAGAUUUAUUGUCUCAGCAACAUCUACAUGACAAAUUAAACGUACUAGAAAGUCCUGAAAUUAGUUCUCAAGUGAAAAAUCUUUCAUCUUUAGAUCAUUUAUUCAAGGAUUUGGCAUAUCAAUGUAAAAUCAGAGGCUCAAAUUUAUCCUUGGGAUCCCAGAUCAAAACUGACGUAGGAUUAAGCACAAAGUGGAGUAAUCAACAAGAAUUGGAUGAAUUACUCGAGUACGUGACUACUAGAGGAACAACGGGUUCUAAAAAGCACUUGGAGACUGCUGAAGAUUAUAAUGUAAAAUAUUUUGAAAAUGAUAUCAAGUAUCCUACAACAUUUGAGUCAAUUGAUAUCGAGAAAGGGAUGAUGAGCAGUGGAGGUAUAUACCUGAUUGAGCGAGAUCUAGAGAAAUGGGAAGAAUUCAAAGAAAUAGAAUGGGAUGAAAAUGAUAUGGUGAGGAAUGAAGAAUCUACCAAAGAUGAAUUAGAUAAUGUCGUUGAAAAACUGGAGAAAGUUGUUGAAGGAGUAAAUGAUAUUGGAGUAGAAGAACUUCAAGAAGACGAGGAAGAAGGAAAAGCCGAGAACAAAGUCAGUGACAACCUGAAAAGUAUACAAAGAGUUGACAAUGAAUUUGAAAGCAUAAUAUUUUCUGAUUCAGAAGAAGCUGGAGAAGUCGAAACCCAAAGUUCACCCAUCAUCGAGGGGGACGCUUCAUUAUCCGAUGAACCAGAUCAUGAAUUCACCGUAAGUCAAAUGGAUCAGGACUUUUUAAUGGAAAUAACUCAAAGACCAAAGAGGACCCAUUCAGAUGCAUUUGAAAAUUUAUCUGAAUGUGAAGCAUCGACCCCUAACACUACCCUUGAACCACUUUCUUCCAAUACGUUUAUCUCUAUACCACCGACUGAAAUUAGGAAACAAAACAUCAUGAAAUCAUUUGAAAUGAAUGGAGUACUUAAGGUCGAAUAUCAAGAUCCACAUUAUGACAACGAGAAGGAUCUUCCAACUAAAGCAUUCAUAUUUGCCAAUAAAAAGAUUUCUGUACCAUGCAUAACGAACGAAUCAGCCCCUCAAGUAAUUAUUGAUAAUCAAAGCAUUUCUAAAUCAGUGAAGGAAACAAUAAAUAAUACAGCGGUCAGACGGACUUUGUUCAAAUCAAAGAUAGUAAAUGAAAGAGAAUCUUCAUGGAUAUAUCGUCGGCAACCUCCACUGAAGCAAUCAAUUUUGCAAUGGAUCAAGGCAGAACCUAAACGGAAACAAAAAUCUGAACAAAAAUCACAAUUGGAAAGAUACACUGCUUCUAAUGAUUUUAAAUUUUCAUAUCAAUCACAGAAAACUACUAGAAAACCAGAUGGAUAUAACUUCUUAACCAGUUUUAACCUUGAGAUUCAGACUUAUACUAGAUCUACGAGUUUACCUGACCCGAAAAAGGAUGCCAUAAAUAUGAUAUUCUACCAUUUUGAUGACCCCAAUAGAAUGUAUGAUUCCAGUGAGAUUAAGGAAAAGAAAAGGGGCACCUUAGUAUACUUGGAGCCUAGUGUUGAUCAUUUAUCUUUAACAAUGGAAAAAUUUCCUAAUGUUGAAGUGUUUUACUGUGAGAAGGAAAUGAUCAUCAAGCUUCAAGGGUUAGUUAGGUACUUUGACCCAGAUAUUCUCUGUGGGUAUGAAAUUAACGCAGCAUCUUGGGGUUACAUUAUAGAACGGUUUAGGUAUGAGUAUGACAUCAACCUAUGCUUCGAGCUCAGUAGAUGUACAUAUAAAAGUAAUGGGAAAGUCGGGGACCGGUGGGGGUAUACCCAUACAUCCAACAUUAAAAUUCUGGGUCGUCAUAUGCUAAACAUUUGGAGAACUUUACGGUCUGAAUUAAGUUUAACAAAUUAUUCAAUUGAGAAUGUAGCGUACCACUUAUUACACCAAACUGUUCCAAGAUAUUCUCAAUUACAACUAUCUUCAUGGUUCCAUAGUGAUAAUCAACCGUUGAUGUAUCUGGUGAUAAAUUACUUCAAUAAUCGGUUGGAUAUAUCUCUGAAGCUACUACAAGUACAAGAAACUAUUCCUCGAAAUGCAGAACAAUCUAGAUUAAUCGGUGUUGACUUCUAUUCAAACUUUUAUAGAGGGUCUCAGUAUAAAGUUGAAUCCAUCUUAUGUCGACUUGCCAAGAAGGAAAAUUUCCUAUUAAAUUCCCCUUCAAAGCAACAAGUUCAUGACAUGAGAUCUCUUGAAUGUAUUCCCUUAGUGAUGGAACCAGAGUCAAAUUUCUACAAAUCUCCUCUUAUUGUUUUAGAUUUUCAAUCUUUGUACCCAUCGGUGAUGAUAGCUUAUAACUAUUGUUACAGUACUUUAAUUGGGAAAUUGAAAGGAUUUGAUCCUUCUAAAAGGAAUGGUGUAGGCUAUUUGAAGCAUUUACCAUUACCUCCUGGGCUUGUCAACUUAUUACAGGAAGAUAUAAAUGUGUCACCUAAUGGUUAUAUGUUUGUUAAUUCUAAAGUUAGGAAAAGUGUAUUAGCCAAGAUGUUGGAAGAAAUAUUGGAUAUUAGGAUAAAUGUCAAAUCAGUUAUGAAAAUGUUUGGGAAUGAAGAUCCCGAAUUGAUGAAAUUGUAUAACUCAAGGCAAUUAGCUUUGAAAUUGAUUGCCAAUGUUACUUAUGGAUACACCAGUGCAACAUUUAGUGGGAGAAUGCCGAAUUCGGAUAUUUCAGAUGCAAUUGUAUCUACCGGACGUGAAUUAUUAACCCAAUCAAUUGAUAUUAUCGAGAGUUUCACAGAAUGGGGUGCUAAAGUUGUUUAUGGUGAUACAGAUUCAUUGUUUGUAUAUUUACCGGGUAAAACUAAAGAAGAUGCAUUUACCAUUGGUCGAGAAAUGGCUGAAAAAAUUACAAACAUGUUCCCCAAUCCAAUUAAAUUGAAAUUUGAGAAAGUUUAUCAUCCAUGCUUAUUAUUGAGUAAGAAACGUUAUGUUGGUUACAGUUAUGAAUAUGAAAGUCAAAAAGUACCCAAGUUUGAUGCAAAGGGAAUUGAGACAAUUCGAAGAGAUGGAAUUCCCGCUCAACAAAUCAUCAUGGAAAGGAGUUUAAGAAUGUUAUUUGAAACUCAAAACUUGUCAUUAAUUAAGAAAUAUGUUAUGGACCAAUUUCAUAAAGUUAUGAUUAAUAAGGUACCAGUGAUGGAUUUUUGCUUUGCCAAAGAAGUUCGACAUGGUACAUAUAAGAAUGAAAAAUAUUUACCACCAGGAGCAGUGUUAGCCAAACAGAAAGUUAGCAAUGAUGCAAGGAGUGAGCCACAAUACAGAGAAAGGGUACCAUAUUUGGUUAUUCAAGACUCUCAUAAACAAAGAAUCAAAGAUAGAUGUGUACUGCCAGAAGACUUUGUAGCAUCUUUCCAAGAAGACAAUCAGACUUACAAAUUAGAUGAUACAUACUAUAUAACCAGAGUAUUGAUCCCUCCGCUUGAACGAGUGUUCAAUUUGAUUGGAGUUGAUGUGAAGUCGUGGUACAAGGAAUUACCUCAAAUUGCUUAUGGGAUGAGAGAUAGCAGCAAAGCUGCUCUAGGGAAAUUCGUUAGAUCAUACUCAUGUAUUAGAUGUCUGAAGAAAUUAAAUUUAAAAAUAUCAGAAUAUUUAUGCUCGGAAUGUUUACAAGAUGAGAUUCAAACAGUCUCACAGUUGAAAUAUACCAUACAAGAAAACGAAAGGGACAAGAUACGAGUGAAUUCAGCUUGUAAAACAUGCGUGAACCGAGGUUGUGGACCCUUAGGAAGUGCUAUAGAAGAGUUUCUGCAAAGAUGUGAGAAUUUCAAUUGUAAAGUAUAUUUUGAAAAAUUGAAGGUCAAUAAUGAAAAGAGGAAAAUCAGUUUAAGGAAUUUAAAGAUAUUGGAGGAUUGGUAA